UCUCGGAGUAUCUUUCUCCCUGCAAAAGUCUCUCUCUGCUCUGUCUUUGUCACUGUCGCAGACAUAGCCCCUUUCCCAUGGAAGCUCCCCCCAUAAUUUUUCUCGCCCUUUCAAAACCCUAAAUUCGCAGAGCAGAAGGAUCGGGUGACAGCUCCAUUGAUGAGCAGCUUGACGUCUUGGCUAGGUAGAAAGUUGAUUCAAGGAAACUAAGUGUGGGUUUUGUCGUUCAAGAAAAUUGGGACUUCAGAUGUGAUUAUGCAAACAUUUGGAUUCAGAGUUCUCUGCAUUUACAAAAAAAACAGCUUCUCACAUAAUUGGCAUAUCACUUAGCUGGUCUGAGUUUGAUAACUACCGACUGGAGAUUUUGGACUUAAAUAUCAUCAAUGCCUGGCAACGAAUUUGGAGAUAGACUCCACAACUUCUUUGCACAAGAGAACUUCUCUCAAGGGCAAAAUCAGCCACAGGUGCUGGAUGGGAACUGGCCAGCUCCGAAUGAUCAUGUCUCUAUUGGAAACCAUAGAUCACUUAGUGUACUGGGUUCCAACCCAAAAAGUUACAACUUGCAGCAGCCAGAUUCUGGGAGAGGACCUGGCAGUCAUCUAUUCAGCGGACCAAAUGGCAUGAACUUUGGUCAACCCAGUCAAAGGCACGACAUAUCUAAGAGUCAGUUGCAGGUUCAACAGCAAAAUUUUAACGACUCAAUGUAUAGACAUUUUUACCAGGCACAGCAAGACGAAGGAAGGUUUCUUGGUGCUAAUUCUGGUUCCAGUCAGCCCAAUGUACCCUCAUUAGGUGGAACAACUCUCUACGAGUCACAAAGUUUGGGCCGUGAACAUCAGACUCAUGCACCAGUUAGGUCUGAACCUUCUGAAUCUCAUGGCAGUUUUGAUCUUUUUGGAAGUCAACACCAAUUGAGUCGCCAUCAGCAAACAAACAUGUUACAACCUCAGCCGGGGUUUAAUGAUAUGCAACAGCAUAUGAUGCUGAUGAGGAUGCAAGAAUUUCAGAGACAUCAACAAGAUGCAAUGCAACAGAGUAAUGUGAACCCCAUCCCGCUCUUUUCUAAAGCGUCACCUAGUGCCAAUUCAUCUUCUUCAUUGGUCAAUGGUGCUAUAAAUUCAGCACAACAUAGUUAUCCAUGGGGGGCAACUGAAACUGGUAAUGUAAACUGGUUGCAUCGGAGUUCUCCAGCAUUCCAGGGAUCGUCCUCUAAUGGUCUUGUUUCUACUAAUCACGGUCAAGGUCAAGGUCAGAACUCGAUGGGUUUAAUUCCUGAACGGCCCGACCAAUCUCUUUAUGGAGUUCCAGUAUCCACUUCAAGAACAGGUGUUACCCAAUAUACUCAGAUGAUGGCAGAUAGGACAUACAUCCACCAAACAGCUUCCUAUAAUAAUUCAUUCCCAGGUGAUCAUUAUUUUGGUACUCCGGACAGAGUACCCACUCCUAAACAGAAAUGCCAAGGUGAAAAUUUCUUUGGAAGUGCUCAUGGAGAAUCUUUAAAUAAUAUAAUGAAUAUGGAAACCCCCCAGCAAGAGAAUAUAAAGCAAAAUAUAAAUGCACAGGAAUUUGAAUUGAGACAGGAACCAAUUUCUAUGGAAAGGACAGCAAUUCAAGCUGCCUCUCAAAACAAUGAUGUUGCUCUUGAUCCUACUGAAGAAAGAAUUUUGUUUGGCUCAGAUGAUAAUAUAUGGGCUGCCUUUGGCAAGAGCACCAAUCUGAGUGAGGAAGCCUGCAAUUCAGUUGGUGGUGCCGGUCCAUUCAAUGAGCUUCCUUCCUAUCGAGGUGGUACUUGGAGUGCUCUCAUGCAGUCUGCUGUUGCAGAAACUUCUACCACCGAUGUACAACCACAUGAAGGAUGGAGAUGUUUGAAUUCUAAAUCUAGUGAACCUCCUUCAGGGAAUCAUAGUAGUUCAACAUGUAACAGUGUUGGUAAACAGCCAAAUCCUUUUGCUGAAGGAAGAGUGCCUCUUUCUCCAUCAUUGAAUUCUGAUCCAGUUCGACCUUCUGAGUGCACUAAUGUGAACAAAAACAACUAUGGCAAUCUCCACGGAUUCGAGCAACCCAGUCAUAAUAAACUUCCUACUGGACUUGGCCAUGGUGUACAAGCUAAUUCAUCUCAGAGACCUUCUCGGCUGUCUGAGGAAGGAAGGAAGUGGUUGGAUGGUGAUUCAAUUCAAAGGGAAGAAAUUAUUCAUGGUGGUGCUUUGCAGCCUGGUAGAUUAGCAUCUGCUGCUCAUGCUCAUGCGAAAUUAGAGAAUUUUGGUUCUAUGAGAAGUACGGGGGAAUCAAGUCAAUUUCCUUCUACCAGUUCUCAAGUUAAUUAUUGGAAGAAUGCAAAUGAUAUUAAGAGUAAAGGAAGUGAAUUUAAAGCUCACGAGGUGGAUUACAGAGACAAACAGGAGAAUUCCAAUGACAGCUACCACACAUCUGGUGAUAGUUUAAGGGAAAAUGCAUUGUCUGAUGUUAGUGAUUCAAGGCCUGCUGGAAAGGAAAAACCUACUCGAAAAUUUCAGUACCACCCUAUGGCAAACCUGAAUGAAGAUGUAGAUCCUCAUGGAGUGACAAAACAUAUCCACAAACAGGCUAUGACACAGCAGAAUUCCCGCCUUGGCCAGUCAAUGUUUUCUGCGCAGGUUCAGAAGAGUUCUAUCGAAGUUGGAAAGAGACAAUCAUCCUCAAGCAGUCAGAGAGAUGGCAAUGGCUCAGCUGAGGCACACCCUCACAGUUUCUUUCUUAACUCUGGAUCAAAUAUACCCGUCCAUUUGAAUAGAUCUGCUGAUAUCCAUUCACCUAUUGUUGAAACUCCAUCUAGUCCAAACAUGCUACAGCUUCUACAGAAGGUGGACCAAUCCAGAGAAGUUGGGGCCACAAUGUGUCAGAAGGGAUCAUCUGAAAUGCAAGAAGUUGAAAUGUCAGGUAAGUCUAUUCCACACCUGCAGCGAAGUCAUUCAUCAAUUUCUCAAGGAUAUGGUCUACAGCUUGGUCCUCCAUCCCAAUAUGUCCCAACAAAAAGUCACUUAGUUUCAUCUCAGAGCUGUAUGCAAUCCAUUAAUUCUUCAUCUGCCAUUGAGAUCGGUAAAAAAGCUCAAGCACAGGCUCCUCCUCCAUUGGAGGUUCAAUCUUUGCCUUAUUCCCGUAGUACAGUCCAAGAAGAGUUGACUAAUACCAGAUGUGGUGACCCAGGGAGUGGCGCAGAAGAAUUCACACCUAAUAAGAUACAUGGAAAAUCCUCUUCAUCAUUACUUAAUUCUGGUUAUAUGUAUACAAGAAGUGUGCUUGAAAAUCAACAGUUGGCCCCUGGACAAACACUUGCAAACCAGUCCAAUAAUAAUUAUAUCAAACAUCCUCCAGAUUUUACUGAGAAAGAUGGAUGUCAUGUUGAACUUUCUCGUGGUCAAUCGGUAGAAACUUUUUCACGUGAUAUGAUUGGCAACAGUCAGUGUGCCAACUUAGCUACAUCCAGUGAAGGAGUCUCAACCCCUCAAACAGCCAUUUUUGGCAUCUCCAAUCAAAGGCCCUGUUUGGGAGCACAGAAUAAUAUGCCAGUCAACUCUCAAGCCCAACAACAUCCAUCUGGUAUCCAGUCUCAUAAGGAGCUGUUGCAUCUUCCAGGUUCACAUCAAUUGAAUAUCGUGGAAUCGUUAUCCUCUGCUCAAGGCAGCCAGGGGGAGGAUGAAGACGUGAAGAAAGGACAAAAUUUCUUGUCCGAUAUCGGUUCAAAAAAAUCUGCGAAUUUGUUGAAUGAUGUUCAGAGAGAAAUAAAAGAAACAAAGCCACUGGAUGUAUCUACUGUGAUGAAUUCAACAGCAUCAGUGCAGAAAGACAUUGAAGCCUUUGGUCAGUCUCUGAAACCAAAUCAUUUUUUACAUCAUAACUAUUCUUUACUGAAUCAAAUGCGGGCCACGAGGAACAUUGAGACUGAACAGAGCAGUAUGAAGCUGAAAAGAAUGAGAAUGUCGGAUGGCCCACAGUUUUCUCAUGCAUCCCCCCAGUCAGCAGAUUCUUCAGAUAACAAUUUGGAAAGAAACAGGACUGAUAGAAAAGGAACGGUACCUACUCAGCAGGAUUUACCUGUUGAACAAGAGCACACUCAAUUUCCUUACCAGCCUUUGUUAAAUAAUCAGUAUGGAACUGGUAAAAGUGGUCAGAAAUCUGCUUCUGUGCCAGUUGCUGAACCACCUUUCAGUACUGUGAAGUCUUACAAUGGUUUGCAUGCAAUUAAUCAUAUGGAUAGAAUCCAACAAAAUAAUGUUGUGGAAAGCUUGCGCCCUACACCUGCCCCUGUUGAGAACAUUCCUUCAUCACAAUCUUUUCUAAUGAACAUGAUGUCUGCUCAGCAACAUUCAGCACCAAGACCUAAGAAGCGCAGGCGUGUUAAGGCGGAUCUGAUCCCUUGGUACAAAGAAGUUUCUGGGGACUUGCAGAGUCUUAAGAGUAUCAGAGACAGUGCUUUAGGAGGGUGGGAAGAAGAAAUAAACCGGGUCACUGAAAAGGUUGUAGAAGAAAUUCAUCCAGUGAACACGUUACCAGGGCAAAAAGCUAGAAGAAGGCUUCUCUUGACCACUCAUCUUAUGCAGCAAUUGUUUCACCCUCCACCAUCAUCGAUUCUUUUAGCAGAUUCCAAAUUGGAGUUCCAGAAUGUGGCCUACAUGGUUUCUAGAAUGACAUUAGGCAGUGCAUGUGGACUGGUAUCUAGCUUUAUUGGGCAUAAUACCAGUAUGGCUAAGGCUGAUGGUGGUGACAGAGAGCCGUCCUCCCAUGAUUGUGAAACACCAGAAGGCAAUAGUAAUCUUCUUUUAUCAAAUUUUUUGAAAGAGUGUGCAGUGAGAAAAAGGAAGUUAGAAGAUCAGUUGUCGAAGGUGGAGAACAGUGAGUCGCUGUUAAAUAUGACGGUGGACAGCCAAGAUCUGGAUAAGUUCUCCAUAAUCAACCGGUUUGCAAAGUUCCACACCCGGGCCACACCCAAUGCCUCAUGUUCCCCGGCAGAAGCUGCUGCACUUAUUCAUAAAGCUCUACCACAGAAAUAUGUGACAGCAGCUCCAGUCACUAAUGAUCUUCCAACUGGGGUAAAAUGUCUCUCACUAUGAUCAUUACAUACAUUUAUAGUCCUCCCAUUACCUCGUGUUCUUGCGUCAUGGUUGGUUGUUGCACAAUGUACCAUCAAGUUCAACAACAGAAUGAAAAUUUGUGGGCAGAGGAUCCCUGCUAUUUAGAUUGCUCAAGAUAGGAUUCUGAGCUAUUCCCCUUUCAGGCCCCUUUGAUUAUGUUAUUAUCAUUGAGACAACACAAAUGUAGUAGUCCAUAUGUAUAAUUCUUUAAAAUGAAAUAAUGUUGUACCGUCAUUUUUUAACAAGAAAAUGUUAGAGUAGUUAGUACUCUACUUGUUUCACCCGGAGAAAUCAACAACACAUCUUUCAUAGUAUUUGUUACCGGAGAAGUCCAAGCAUACUCGUUUCAUCAGCAUAGGUGUGCAAGUGUGUUGCAUGUCUAUGCAUGUGUGUGUAGUUUUAAUUUCCAAGGCCUUGCCUUUUGUAGUGUGGCAUGUUUGUUGCAUGUGAGUUUUGGGUUGCUUAUUACGAUGCUAACUGAUUCCCGUGGGUGAAGAUCAAAUUGACAUUAUAGAUGUCACAUUCUUAUGCUUA